GGCCUUUAGAACCAGAGAUCACGAAUGCCCACAGACGUCGCAAGCACAAUACAGUCGUAGCACGAGCAGUUGAAGUGUUUCAAUGGCGCGUGAGUCGGUAUGGAAACGUACGAAAGCAUAUUUUCGCAGAAUGCGAGGGAAAAAAGUUGGCGGUUGGAUCGCUCUUUUGCUUCUUCUUAUGUCCGGACAAGAAUGUUCUGCUUAUGUAAACAGUGAGCAUCCUCUCGCGAACGAUAUUGAUCAAUUCGAUCAUGUCAGAGAAGACGAACCUCUCCUCACGGCAUGGGAGCUUCCAGUGAACAGCGAAGAUCAGAAAAUCAUGGAAAUGUUGGGUGAAGCUCUGCAUACGAGGGUUGACAUCGAUAUUGAACCAGAACAAAUAAAUAUUGCAACUAUGUCCGAUUCAAGAGAGGUACGACGACAAUUUAUUGAGGGAGAUGGCGGAAGAGUUGUUAUGGAAUCUCCACCGAAGUGGAGAGAAGCUACGGAUUUCACGGCAAUAAUGUGCACGACGGGCAUUGCCUCGCUGGGAUAAAUCAGGCCUCGAGGCAGAAUUCAAUUCCCCGCUUUAACAGGAUUCAAAUUGCCCUUCAGCUUGUCUACGGAAAAUAGACGCUGAUGAUAGAGAAAUGGGAAGGAAUUUUGAUAUUACGCAAAUAGACAAUUAUGACGUGUUCACAACGACAAUUGAUAAUAAGGGGAUGGAUGAAAUAUCGUCGGAAAAAAAGUAGAUAGAAAAAGCAAAUUUGGGAUUAUUCUUUCUACUUCAUAUCUCAACGUAAUUGGUCACUUUAAUGAUAAAAAUAUUAAUCGAAAUUCAGUAGUUUUUUAAACAACUUAUCAUCCCCAUUUUCAAAAAAUAGAAUAAGCUUUAAUGUAGGCUGCAACUGAUAUUUUUGGUCUUCGUAAUAAUUCGUCGACCGGUGCGAAGCUUUUUGUAGUAUUAUAAUGAAUAAUAAAAAAUAUCUGCAAUAAUGUGAA